AUGAGUCGCUGUCGGCGGUCGUCGGGACCACUUUGCAGCGCAUUUUCGACAACUCCAUCAUUGUUUAACCGUUGGAGACGGCGAAAGAGCAGUGGCUGUAUCGCUCUGGGUUUCAUCAGGAAACUCAUUUUCUCGCUCUUUCACUUUCUGGGUCUCUUCGAUUUCCUGGAAACUGACGUUUCGUGGUCCGAAACGCAGACGCAAGUGUCAGAAUACCCGCCUGUAUCGGCGGUUUUGAUUCGUGAAAUCCUGCUGGUGAUGAAGUUCGGGGAGGCGGUUUGCGACGGCGACGCGCCGUAUCUGUCUGGACCAUUGGAUGGAUCACAAUCAGAAGUUGUGCUUGAUGAGAUGCAAGAUGAGUUUAAUCAACGGCUCUGGGCUGCCUCUGGGAUCACAUGA